AUGAAUAUGAACGACAGACAGAUAGCAAGAAGUGAUGAUUCUGAUUUUAUUGCUAAAAGGUUGAGAGAGGCUUUAAGUGUUGGAAGAGCAACAAUGAGUGAGACUUCUGAGGAACUGACCACAGCGGCGAAUCCCAACGGAAACAAUUUACAGUUUAUAAAAGUUCCGCAAACAAUGUGGGAUUCAUUAUCUCAAAGAAAUGGACAGAGACAGAUUUACAAUGAUCCAUCAGCUGAUCUCCCAUCACAUCGUCAUAACAGUUACGAUUACAAUUUUAGUCUGAAAAAAAUUUCCACUCAACUAAUUUGCCAGAAUCAGUUUUUCCAAUUUUUCUUUCCACCUUUUGGCAAAUUCAUAAAAACUAUACAACUGCAAUAG